GCCCGAAAACCGAAACUCCAUUUUCCCCCCCUCUCUAAUCUCUCUCUCUUCUCCGAUAAUGGAAGUCGAUCGGACGGCCGAGAACGCUCACGAGAGCUCCGACGAAUCGAGCCAGAAUCUCGGAGAAACGAAGAUCUCCGAACGGAGGCUCCGGCGGUACGAUUCUCUCGACGUGGAAUCCCGCGCCAUCCCCGGCGGCGGCCACCAGGCGGCUGCGGCGGCGACGGCGAGUUGGGGAGUGAUUCUGCAUCUGGCGUUCCAGAGCAUCGGAAUCGUGUACGGCGACAUCGGAACGUCGCCACUUUACGUGUUCGCGAGUACGUUCACGGACGGAAUCAAGCACGACGACGACGUUUUGGGCGUUCUGUCGUUGAUUCUCUACACGCUUACCUUAAUCCCUCUGCUUAAGUACGUCUUCUUCGUCUUGCAGGCCAACGACAACGGCGAAGGUGGGACGUUUGCUCUAUACUCUCUGCUAUGCCGGUAUGCAAAAAUCGGGCUGAUUCCGAGCGAGCAAGUGGAAGAUGCGGAGGUUUCAAAUUUUCAGGUGGAGCUGCCGAGCAACCGCCUCCGAAUGGCGUCGUGCUUGAAGUCGAAGCUCGAGAACAGUCGCCCCGCCAAGUUUUUCUUGCUCUUCGCCACCAUGCUUGGCACCUCCAUGGUCAUCGGCGACGGUGUCCUCACUCCUUCCAUCUCAGUUUUGUCGGCUGUGGGAGGAAUCAAGAAUGCUACCUCGACUAUGACACAAGACAAAAUAGUGUGGAUAUCAGCAGCAAUAUUGGUUUUCCUGUUCAUGGUGCAAAGAUUUGGAACCCAUAAAGUUGGAUACUCCUUUGCUCCCAUUAUUUGCAUUUGGUUUGCAUUUAUUGGUGGCAUUGGCUUCUAUAACUUUUUGAAAUUUGAUCCUUCUGUCAUCAAAGCUGUAAAUCCUAAAUACAUUUUUGACUACUUCAAAAGAAACAAAAAGGAUGCUUGGAUCUCUCUCGGUGGCGUCGUUCUCGCCAUUACAGGGACCGAAGCUCUAUUUGCCGAUGUGGGCCACUUCACAGUGAUGUCUAUAAGACUAAGUAUGUGCUGUGUGGCAUACCCCGCCCUUGUUUCUGCCUACGUUGGCCAAGCCGCCUUCCUCGGCACGCACUCCGAUCUUGUCUCCGACACCUUCUUCAGCUCUAUUCCAGGUCCUCUGUAUUGGCCCAUGUUCGUGGUGGCCGUGCUCGCUGCCAUCGUCGCCAGUCAAGCCAUGAUCUCCGGCACCUUCUCCAUCAUACAACAGUCCCUAUCCUAUGGCUGCUUCCCUAGAGUCAAAGUAGUUCACACCUCUUCCAAGUAUGAAGGCCAAGUUUACAUCCCUGAAGUUAACUACCUUCUCAUGUUUGCUUGCCUUGGAGUCACUCUAGGGUUCAAAGACACGACGAGGAUCGGGAAUGCCUAUGGCAUUGCAGUGGUGUUUGUAAUGGCACUCACUUCAAGUUUCCUAGUACUCAUCAUGAUCAUGAUAUGGAAAUCUCACAUACUUGUCAUAAUCUCCUAUGUCCUUACCAUUGGCUUGUUGGAGCUUCUAUAUCUAAGUUCAGUGCUCUACAAGUUUGAUCAAGGGGGCUACCUUCCUUUAGCUUUUGCUGGGUUUUUGAUGACAAUAAUGUACAUUUGGAAUGAUGUCCAUAGAAGAAAAUAUUACUAUGAACUUGAGCACAAGAUUUCCCCUCAAGAGCUCAAGGACAUUGCAUCUCACACAACCCUCAAUCGUGUCCCUGGCCUAGCCUUGUUCUACUCCGAGCUCGUCCAAGGCAUUCCCCCGAUCUUUAAGCAUUAUCUAGCCAACGUGCCCGCUCUCCAAAGGGUCCUCGUAUUUGUGUCCUUCAAGUCCCUCCCGAUAAGCAAAAUCCCAAUGGAAGAGAGGUUUUUGUUUCGACGAGUUGAGCCUGACGAGCUCAAUGUGUUUCGAUGUGUAGUUCGAUAUGGUUACAGAGAUGUCGUCCACGAGCACGAGCCAUUUGAGAGGGUACUAGUGGAGCGAUUGAAAAGGUUUAUAGCGGAGGAGGCGUGGUCGUUGCACGACGAAGAAGGAAUGGAGGAGAAGAGGAAGAGAAUGGAGGAAGAGAUAGAGGUGGUGGAUAAAGCUUGGAGAGAUGGGAUUGUGCACUUGAUUGGACAAAAUGAGGUUGUGGCAAGCAAAAAGUCAGGGUUACCAAAGAGGGCUUUGAUCAAUUAUGCUUAUAAUGCAUUGAGAAGAAACUUGAGACAAAAUGAAGAGGUCUUUUAUAUCCCUCGCAAGCGUAUGCUCAAAGUGGGAAUGACUUAUGAGCUUUAGGAUUUUGUCUUCGAGAAAUUAUUCAAAGUGAUUAGUAUAAUGUGCUCGUCUUUUCUUUAUUUUUUGUACUUUUUUUAGUUCAAUUGAUGUGGAGUAGGAUAUUGAACCUUUCGAUCAGAAAAAAGUAAUAGAGGUCUUAUCCACUCAAUUAUGAAUGGGUGGAUUGCUUGUUUUUAUGUAAAACAUUAUGUAAUGACAAUCUAUCCACAUCUUGUUAUCUA